GCUAGAAUUUCCAGUUACCAAGGCAACGUUUUUUUUUUUUUUUAAUUUGUUUACUCUGGCGUAUCAGUUUCAUAUCACAAUUCAUAUUGGAACUAAAGAAAACUGAAAAUAUAUAGAGAUUCAUAAAAAUGCUUCAUGCAAAACGUCGCGAAAAGUCCAAGUCCAAGGACACACGCUGGGAUCGCAUACGCAAGCGUCAUCUGAAUGCGCAUCCCUUGGGCCUAAAGACCGAUGCAGUGCGUCGCUUCAUCGAAGUGGAUUACGUGGGCCAGCGGCAGGAGAAGCUGCUGAUUGAGGGCGAACAUGCCAAGCAAUUGAAUCCCAGUGUGAUCAUGGACAUGCGCCAUGAAAUGUUUCAGAAAAUUCCGCACAAGCUGCCGCUGGCUACCCUGGCCCAUGGCAGCACACUGGCGUCCACCAAGGCGCACAACCUGGAGGUGGAGCAGCGCUAUAUCAACAAUCAGUUGAUAAAGUUUCGCCAGCAGCUGGCCAGGCAGCAUCCCCAGAGGAGCAAGGACAUUCGCGUGCCGCCCACCAAGCCGGACUUCAAGCUGAACAAUGGACCUUUGAUGCAGAGUUUGGCCCAGGCCGCACAGCACAUUGAUGAUUUCUAUAGCACGCCAGUGCAGGCCUUGGGCCAGGCGGCACAGAUGUGCUCGAACACAAAGAGUGUGGCUACGGCAAGCCUGCUGCACGAGCUGGGCGCCGAACAGGAGGCGGAUAUGGAUCACGAGUGGGUGGAGCAGGAGGCGCUGCUGGAAGAGCUCCCCGGCUUUAGGGCGGAGCAAGUGAAGCCGUUGUCCAUGGACUCCCUGGAGUAUCGCAAUUUCGCCAAGCAGAUUCAAGUCGAUCAGAGCAAGGAGCUGCUGCUGCGCUGCCGCACACCCAGCCCUCUCACCUCCACUGAGGAGUUCUUCAAGCCCAUGCGAGCUGCUGCCGAGCGUCAGAUGCUGCACGUUCGCACCAUACGCCACGAGGAAGAGUUGCAGGAGCAGCAGCAGUUGGAGCAGCAAUUGGAGUUGGAGUUGCCGCCACAACUGCAGAGGGAGCCAUCCAGCUGCUCGAACACAAGCGAUGGCAUUGACUCGGUCAUAUCCGAUCUGGCAGAGGAGGCAUUGUACGAACUGCAAAUGGAAGCGGCAGAAGAGCAAAAAGAAAAGGAAAAGGAUUUGCCCGCAGCCACAAAGCAUGUACAGUUCCAAUUGCCGUCACCACAAGUUCCCAGCCAAACUGUGGAGGAAUCUGAACCCGAAAUGGAGCCAGAACCAUUGCUCAUUCGCCGCAUAGAGCUGCCCAAAGUGGUGGUCAAGCCGAAGGAACCAGAGCCCACGCAAGAGCUGUCCAGUGCCAGUGAUGAUGAAAGCGAUCUGGCCACGAGCCACGAGAAGCAGAAGAUCAUCGAGCAACUGUUCCAGGCCAGAGCCAACACACAGAUCGGGCUGAUGCGCAAAUACUUCCUCAAGUGGAUACACUAUACCACCCUGGAGAAGAUCGAGCGGGAGCAGGGACACGCCAGCCAAACGCACGAUAAUCGCGUGCAAAAGAUCAACGCCUUUCUGGACAAGGUGCGGAUGGAGAAGAAGCGCAUACGCACGGCCCAGCAGGCGGACACAGCCAGCGAGGUGAACAAGGUCACACAGCAGUCGCUGGAACAGCGCCAGGAGGCUGUCAAGAUGGCCAAGCAGUUCAAGAAUAAAUUAAAGGUGCAGCAGGACAUCAUUGACCUGCAGAGGAUCAAGCUGGAGCGCCAGGAGCGUCUCAUUAUGCAGCUGAAGCUAAGCAAACUCAGCGACGAGGCCAAAGAGGCGCGCGAGGAUCUGAAGCAGGAGCUGAAGACAGUCAUACGAUGCGGCGAUCCCAAGGCAAAGGCCAAGGCCAAGUGUCUCCAGUUGAUUGGCAGCCUACGGGAUGCCGAUGAUGAAGCCAUGGCCAGACUGCAAGGCAAGGCAUUGCUGCAGCCCCGCUUCCUGCAGCACAUGCAGGAACGUGCCGUGGAGAGGAGUGUGCGACAUGAGCAGGCACGCCAGCGUCGUGCUCAGGCCGAGGCCGAGCGAGAGGCCACCAAGCAUGCCUUAGAGGAGGCCAAGCGCCAAGAGGACGAAGAGGCCAAGCGUCUGAGAAUCGAGGUUCUAAAGGAGAAACGCCGUCAAGAGAAAAUGGCCAAAGUGCUGAAGGAGCGCGAGCGUCAGCGUUUCAUUGAGAACCAACGAAAGGCCGCCGAGUUCAGUCGCGGCCUGCUGCUGCGCCGCGUGGGCAUGGAGGCCUUUAAGCGUUUGCUGCAACGCAAGCGAGAUAAUCUGGUCAAGUCUGAGGAAUUCCGACGCAAGCUGUACAAGAAGAAUGCCUUUCGGUUCUGGCGCGAGUACACGGCAUUCAGGCAGCGCGAGAAGCUGGUGCGGGCCGAACAGUGCUGGCGGCGCAUACUCAAGAGACGCGCCCUCAAUGAGUGGAUGGCGUAUGUGCAGAAUGAACGAAGCAAAAUGCUGGUGGCCAUCGAUUGGCAUGCUCUGCGUACCACCGAACAUUGGUUUGAGCGAUGGUUUAGGUACACGACCCACUGUCGCAUGGCGGAGGAUACCAAGAUGAAGCAGGCCAUCUCCCAUCACGAGUGGCACCUGAAAUGGAAGGUCUUGGACUGCUGGCAGCGUCUGCCGCAAAUAUUGAAAAUAGAAAAGGAAACGGAGGAGCGACGCCAGCGUUGGCGCAUGAAAAUCUGGGAGCUAUUGCCAGACUACAAGCCGCGAGAGGAUAGCUUGUGGUAGUUUCACGUUACUUAAUUUUAUUUAUUUUGAAUAGUUUUGGAUAUUGCAUUUAAGUUCCUUAAAAGCGCUA